UAUUCCCUUCCUCCAUAACCCACCUUGCUAUCUCUUUGGUGUCUCAGAUGCAAUUCCAUCCUGACUGCUAACUCCCUCUCUCUCAUGGCGGUGGCAUUCAUGGGCAUCUCCAAGAUUGCAGGCUCCCUGGAGGCACUGAUUGUGGGGUGCUUCCUCACUGGACUCUUCUGUGGACUCAACAUCACCCUGAUUCCCCUUUAUAUCCAAGAGAUGUCCCCAACCAGGGUCCGUGGGGCCUUCUCCACCAUGAACCAGCUGUCUCAGACAGUGGGCGUCUUCAUUGGGCAGAUCGUGAGCCUGGAGAAUGCAUUGGGCACUAGCCGAUGGUGGCCACUCAUGCUGUCCUUGUCUGCCCUACCAGCCAUCCUCCAGUACCUCACCCUCCCUUUUUGCCCUGAGAGCCCCCGUUACUUUCUCAUCAAUUGCCACGAAGAUGAACUGGCUGCCAGAGAACUCCAGAGGCUCAGAGGUACCCAGGACAUCUUGGAAGAGAUUGAGGAGAUGAAGGAAGAAGCAGCCAACCUUAAGGGAACAGAGGAUGUCACCAUGCUGAGACUAUUCAUUGUCCCCAGCUACAAGCAGCCCAUCCUGAUUGCUCUCAUUCUUACUGCCAGCACCCAGCUGUCAGGGUUCAAUGCUGUAAUCAACUAUUCCACAAAAAUAUUCCGGCUAGCUGGUGUUGCCCAUCCCACACACACUACCAUGGGAAUUGGGGCCAUUAACAUCCUCUUCACAAUAUUCUCUCACCUGGUGGGCCCCUAUGUCUUCCUGCUCUUCACAGGCUUCCUGCUGAUGGCCGUUCUCUACACCUACUUCCAAGUGCCGGAGACCAGGGACCGCACCUUUGAAGAGGAGGCCGCCGAGUUCCGCCAGGCUGAUGCCAUCCUCACCAGCCGCUUUUAG